AUGCUUGCCCUCCGUCGUGCCGCUGCCGUCGCUGUUUCGAAACGCGCUUUUGCUUCGCCCAUGCAGCUCAUGGGCCACGCAAACAUGCACGAAAAGGAAAAGGCGAUGGAAGCCGCUUUCUUCAACAAACAGGAUGAAAAGACGCUGCGCAAGCUUUUGCAGAAGAUGAAGGGGCAGACGGACGUUGCGGACAAGGAUGGCUACAAGGACCAUGUGGACCACGACGUCAAGGGGCUCAAGAAGAUCCCGGGCCUCAACUUGAACGAGGAACAGAUUCAGGCGCUGCUCAAGUGGAAGCACGAGCAGUAG